AUGUCGGUUAACACGCCACAGCAGGAGAGCGAUGAGAGGGACGCUAAUUUAUGUGAAGGAUUCGUUACACCAGAUCUUAAUUCUAAUGUUCCAGUCUGUGAGGAGGGUGGGGAUGAUGUCGAGGGGUUGGAACAUGAUGGUCAUGGUUCACAUAUAGGGUCUGUAAAGGAAAAGGUGACAAUAAAUGUUGAAGCCGAGAAAACUAUUAGCUUGGGUAGGACCCUUGGUGUGGAGGAAAUUGAAGAUUUUGCACCAGAUGUUCAAGAGGUUUUGCGAACCGAAGGGAAUUCAGGUAAAGCGGACUUGGUUAGGGGUUUACGCAUUCGCCAUGAGGUGAGUUUCAUUAUGAUUCAAGAAACUCAAUUCGUGGACAUGGGUUUGGUGGAUGUGGCUCUUUUUUGGGGUAGAGGUGAGUUUUGUUUCGAGUGGGUUCCUUCGGCCGGUAGAUCGGGUGGCUUGUUAUCGAUUUGGGACCCGAAGGUUUUUUCUAUGGCAGGAGUUACUAAACUUAGGAACCGCUUAUUGGUUUCGGGUAGUAUCAAAGGUUGUGGUAGUGUGAAUCAUUUGCUUAAUGUUUAUGCUCCUCACAACAUUGUCGCUAAACGGGUUUUGUGGGACGCCAUUGGUGACUUAAUAGGCGAAGGUGUUGGUUUGUGGACGGUGGCGGGCGAUUUUAAUGCGGUUAGGAGCGAGUGCGAAAGAAGGAAUUCUAUUUACAAUGCAUCUGAGGCGAAUGAGUUCAAUGAUUUCCUAGACGCUAAGAACUUACAAGAGUAUUCACUAAAAGGUAGGCGGUUUACUUUCGUGGCAGGUGAUAAAUUAAGUCGCAUAGAUCGUAUUUUUGUAAACUGGGAAUUUUUCAUGACAUGGCCGAAUGCGGAGUAUAUUGCGCUUGCUCGUGAAGGAUUUGCCAAUGUGGUUAGGAAUGCCGUUUGCGAAGAUGUAUUUGACGGUGAACCUGAUUUGGUUUUAUUGAGGAAGUUUAAAAAGCUGAAGAGGGUUAUAGCUUCUUGGAUCGAACAGUGCAAACAAAAAGAAGAUGGUGAAAAACAAAUAUUGCAAAAGGAGCUUACAAUUUUGGACGAGGUCAUGGAAGAGCGGCAGAUCACGGAAGUGGAGGUGUGGGUUUUGGAAGAGACAAAGCGUCGGUUACGUGAGAUUGAGAGUUGCCAUCAACGUGAUUUGAAGCAAAAAGCUUGA